CAAAGUGAAAUGUUUUAAUUAAAAUGUACGUGUGUGUUGUUUCUAUAUUAUAUUUGAUUUAUUCAUCAAACGAGAGAAUGAAAGUCAUAGUAGAAUAAAAAUAAAGCCAGAUAUGAUAUGGUAAUACUCGAACAUGAAGAAGAUGAAGAUUCGCUCAGCUUAUUAUUGCUUCCGAUGGCGACUAAUCACUGUAACCUAUCCCAAUGAGAAUGAUCCGAAGAAGACAGCCAGGACUAGAGACUGGACUUAUCCUACUGGCUUUGCAGGUUAUAAAUUUCGGUAUAGAUAACAUUCCGAUCACCACCCUGCUCGGGGUCUUGGCCCAGAGUCUAUUGUACGCCGGCGUGAUCAAAGUCAAGUGGAACCCCGAGGACGUGUGCAUCUCGGCCUCGCGCAUCAUAGUCAACAAAAAGUGGCGCUCUUUAUUUCUAUCCAACUUCGAGCAUGGCUCCGACAUACAUCUCUACUACAACAUGGUAUCGUUCGUGAUCAAGGGCUCGAGUCUCGAGCCUAUCUACGGCUCGCUGAAUUUCGCUCUGUUGCUUGGCUUGUUCGCCGUGGGCUGUGGCUCUAUGUACGUCUGCCUCGGCUACGCACUCACGAAACUAACGAACAACUAUUUUCAUUACCACGUGUGCGCCAUCGGAUUCUCGGCGAUUCUGUUCGCUUUGAAGGUGGUGCUCGUGUGCGAGAGCGAGGACAGACCCACCGAGGUCGGCGGCUUUCGAGUGCCCAGCAAGUUUUCCGUCUGGAUGGAGCUCGUGCUGAUACACGUGCUCGUGCCGAAUUCGUCGCUACUGGGCCAUCUGAGCGGUACCUUGGUCGGUUGUGUCUAUUGUUACACGAGCAUAGGCGACACGAUAGACGAUAGCUUGACGAAGUUGUCGUGUCAAUCGAUCAAUCACGCGAACGAAUUCUACGAUCGUCGGGCCAUCGCAUUAUUUUAAGAAAAUAGUUGAAAACCAUUUUCAUCGAGGCCGAAUCGUGCUUGUUGUGUACGAAAAGAGAUUGUAUAAAAAUUUGAUCUGUUUUAACGCGAAGAGAUGAUUUUCCAAAAUAAAAGCAAAUUGCCAAUAACAUUGAAAAUGUGUGUCACGACUUUCGUAAGAAUAAUUAGAUUCUGCUACGUUUUCGUGUUUGUUGACUAGUCGACCGUUUGGUUUAAAUAAUAAUAUCCCUACUCUAAUUCAUUCAGUUGUUGAACGAUAUUGGUCAGAGAAUGACACAAAUCCGGCAUACUAUGGAAAAUGAGUAAACAUAUAUUUUUUUCUUAGUGUUCGUGGUAUUAUUUGUAGCGUAUAAUUUUUUGAUAAGAUUUAUAAAGUAAUUUUUUCAGCGCCUACAAUUUUGUUUUGUGAAACAUUUCAUUGACGCUAUAAUUAAAAUAAUACGUGAAAGUGUAUUUGGAAUUGAUCAAAUCUAUUGGAAAUUUAUGUGAAAAUAAUUUAAUUUUGUGUUAAAUUUUGUGUUCAUCGAUACAUUUGUGUGUAUAUUAAUCUGAUUGAGAUAACUAAACUAAUAUAUUUAGCCCGCAAUUUAAGUUGGUCAGAGAUUGAAAGUAUUACUGGUGAAAAUAGUGAUAAUGACCGAGUUCAAACGUGAUUUUUCGUCUCUUCUGCUGCGCUACGCAGCUUUAAAAAAGUCCAUCGAUG